GCGAUGGAGGGGCCGACCAACCAGAGGCGACGCUAGAGGCGUUAGCGUGCGCUCACGGCCAAAAGAUCAAGCGAGCGCCGCGCACACGAACUGGCGCAUUUUCCGUUCGACGACCUCGAACUCCACGACUAACCCCAUCACCAACGACUACAGCCAAGAUGAAGUUCCUUAAGAUCAUUACCCGGGGCCGCUAUGCCGGCAAGAAGUGCGUGAUCAUCUCGCCUCUUGACAACGGCACCAAGUCGCAUCCCUUCCCCCACGCUCUCGUCGCCGGAAUCGAGACCUACCCAUCCAAGGUCACCCGCCGCAUGUCAAAGAACAAGCAGGCCAAGAAGAGCAAGGUCAAGCCUUUCGUCAAGCAGGUCAACUACACCCACAUCAUGCCCACCCGCUACACCAUUGAGCUCGAGAACCUGAAGGGCGUGCUCUCCGCCGACACAUUCAAGGAGGUUUCGCAACGGGAGGAUGCCAAGAAGACGGUUAAGAAGGCUUUCGAGGAGCGAUACCAGUCGGGCAAGAACAGGUGGUUCUUCACUCCCUUACAGUUCUAGGCUUUUCUUCGGUUACGGCUGGGCGCAGACGGGGCAUGAUUUGACACGCGUGGAGAUCCUGCAUGAGCAUGUCGGUGGAUAUCAUAUGGUGGACAGGACCUCAAAAGUGGCCUGCCACUCAGGCGUGUACUUCGGCUUGAUAAUCAAAGCAUGAAAAUCCGGCAUCGGGAUCAAAAUUCACGAAUUUCAUGAUUCCUCUCUGGUCUUUUU